UUUUCGAAAGCUUGAAAAUGUCCUUUACAAACUACAGUUAUUUUGUUUGUUAUAAAUAAUCAUUUCUUUCAAUUUUUAAUAGCAAGCCCUAAGAGGGUUACAGACUGCGCGGUAUUCAAAGUUACUUCUUGUUAACGAGCUGCGAUGGCAUCUCUUGGAUCAAGAAAAGUACGUCGGCAUAAUCGCAUUGCAUUGUCAGAACUUCCAAAAGGAUCGAAACGCUCAUCAAAUACUGAAGGUAAACUACUAGUUGAGGCAAACGAAUCGUGCUCCUCCAAUUAUAGCACCAGUUGUCGGACACAGCUCACUGGGUCAUUGGUUUCUGGGACGGAGACACGAUCUGUUGUGUCGGACCUAAUGUCUCAAAAGGACAUUUUUUCGUUGUACUAUCGUCCUGUUCCUCAGAAAUCAAAAGUGCACUCUACCCGUCAUUCCCAUAAUAGCCUAACAAGCUGCUCUAACAAUGAAGCACGACAUUCAAUAUCAAAGCAUCGUGGAGUUCAUUCUAGUCGUAGCUGUACAUUGUCGGCUAGUGAGGUUUCAAAUAGUAAAUCUGGGCGUAUCAGUCAGCUGGCGAAUCGGGUUGAAAAUCUCCUCAUACAGGAUCCUAAAAAUAUCUUGCACAGCUGCAAUAAAUCCCAGACGGCUUAUUACCCUGUCAUAUUAGAAUCGUCAGACGACAGCUCUGUUUCCAGUAUUCAAAGAAAAUCAAGUGUCAGAAAUUCAAGUCCCACUAAAACCGUCUUGUCAUCUCCUUGGUAUCGUCACUGCCGACCGACAGCUCCUUUUCCUAUACUUCCAUUACCUACUACUAAAAACUGCUUGGAAAAUGAAUACUGUUGUUCUGAAUUGUAUAAAAGCAGUAGCAGUAGUGGAGAUGAUCAUCAGGAAGUUGCGUGCGAAAAGCUGUUUAAACCUGUACCGUGUUAUCCUUCUUCAUCACCUCUGCGGUCAAACAUCUCGCAGGUCGAAGUAGACGUUAGUCAAGAAAAUAUUUGCUGGCCUCAUGACUUACCACUACCUCCAUCUUCUAUCCCCGCUUCCAUUGAUGUCGAUUUAACACUGAUGAAUCGUUCUUAUUCAUUACCAUCUCCCCUUGAGAAUAAUGAUGAUGAGUCAAAUUUGAUUUCGGAAACAAUGACAUCUUAUUCAGAUGAAAUCACUUUGAAACCCUUGGCUCCUAUAACUAAUAUUUUACCGAAUGGAGGGAUCUUUACGCGUCGCCAUCCUAAGUGGGCUGCUGAUCGGAAUGCAGAAGCUCACAGAUCAAAUACUACUGUUCGAUAUCCUAGUUUAAACUCUACGCUAGACUUCAAUAUUGAUUCAUCUCCUCCUAUACCAUCCCCUCCUCCUUUAAUUGUUGAACGUUUACCUUGUGGAUUGAAUGUCUCAGAAUCUCCUGACCAAGAGCUUCUUUGUCAGUCUACGCUAAACAAUCCUCAUUUGGCACGUCCUACAGUCUUGAAACGUGGAGCGCCUGAUGGUGCUGAACAGUGUACAGAAGUUGCUGACAAUUUGGAGCUUAAAAAAGUUCCACCAACUGCUGAAGAAUACGAUCCACUAUCGACAAUGAAACGAAAUUCUCAGUGGGAUUUUCAUAAUGAAGAAUAUUCACCCAAAAAGAGUCGUGUGCAUUUACUGCUGCCAAGUGAAUGCAGUGCAUUUCUUCCUGUCCAAUCAACUCGUCAGCUACGUCAUCAUAUACAUUGUAUUUCUCCACCGUGUUUACGAUAAAUACUUGCAUAUUUAUAUAUAUAUAUAUAUAUAUA